UGCAGCAGAAACGAAAUAUUUUCCAUUUUCCCCGAUUCCCCUCCUCAGUCAUCGCUGCCUCCUUCCUCCUGAUAGCUUGCAGCGGCGCGGAUCCAAGCCAGCGGCGCCCUCCCUCCCUCUUCCUCCUCCCCUAGCGUCGUUGCCCUCCUGUCCUACCCGGCCGCAGUUCUCUCCCGACGACCUCGCUGUCCCCUCUCCUCUCUCUCUCGUCUGUUUGUGCUCCAGAUCCGGCGGCCGGCGGCACCUUCCCGCCUCCUCGUAGCGGCGCCUCCCUUCCCCUCCUCCGGCCGACGCACGUGUAAGAGGCUGCAGCGCUUGCAGUGCCUUCCUCCAGUCCAGACGACGUAGGUACAGAGGCAUUGACUCCUCUGAUCCACUCCCUCCUCCGACCGGCGCAGGUACAGGACGAUGCAUACCCUGCCCGCUUCCUCACCUCUUCAUCCGACCCCUCUCUCUCUCUCUCUCUGCGAGAUUAGGAAAACGACACGGGACCUGCACCCUGAUCUACAAGUUGGGUAGUACUGGAUCUGAAGUUUGCACCCUGAUCUACAAGGGGGCUACAAUAUAUACUCGUUGAAAGACAUGCUGAUCUGAAGUUGCAUUCCGUAUGAGACUAUAUGUAAUAAUGUGUACAUAACAGUAUAAUAGCGGUAUAGAAUAGUAUGAUCGUCAUACAACUUCAAUUCAUCACUUGGACCAUCCAAACAAGAUUUUGUAUUCAACCUCAAUAUCAAAACUAGGUUCUGAAUAUCUAAACAUUCAAACCAAAAUAUGAACAUUCAUUCUCAAUAUCAAUAUCAUGUGAUAUUGGCGUUGGAACCAAUGCAAUACCAAGCGUCCCAAUGUUUACAUCCAAACAAAGCAAGUGUCUUGAGAUAGCAACCAUUCAGCUAAAAGGGAUACGCAGAUGCACUAACUAAAUUUGUAUGGAAGUGAUAAAUAUUGCCCUUGUCAUGUUUAAACUCCAGAAUUAAUCAUGUAAUCGCCUAAUAUUCCAGCACACUUAUCUCCAGUGGGUCAUGUCAUCUCAGUCGACGACAACUGACCGAGUCAGGGUGUACAUGCAUUGAUGCAUUUCUUCACCAAGCGAAACGUCACGCUGUGUGAUGUUUGCAGAAGAGUUAAAUUUUGUUUAAAUUUUGAAUGCAGCUCAUUUUGUGUUAAAGUUUCAACGGAAUAUCAAUUUUAUUGUUUUGCCCGAUCUUCACAUGGCUGGAUGCUAAUCAUGUCUGGAGCAACCCACGUGCGCGAUCGGAAGUACAUCUCGUCGUCACCCACCAGACCGCCAUGUCCUCCCUCCAUGCAUGACCCUAGCUUAGCUAGCCGUUCGCUGUAGCCAAAAGCUUUGCUGCAAUGUCAAGACAUGGGACGAAGCCCGUAUAUGCAACGGUAAGCCUGAUCACAUGAACGCUGGACGACUGCUCGAUCUCAUCCCCUGGUCUGGCACUCUGGCACAUGUUUGGCCCUCUUCCCACGCGACAACCCCUCCCUCCGCACUCAUGCCCCUGUCUCGACGCCAUGCUGGGCUGCAUGCUAGAAACCUUAUCCAAUUUAAUCAAUCCAUACAUAUAUACCACCACCAAUAAGGCACAAACAACCUCGCAAGCCACAAACAAACCAACGACAUUAGCUGCAAGCCGAGACUUCGUCUUCAUGGCGAAACAAGCCAUCUUCGUGCACCUCAUCGUCACACUACUGCUGCUACUCUGCCCCGCGAGCCAAGGCGAGGAUCUGGGAGAUGCUGCAGCAGGGGCGCCGUGCGGGGCGGCGGAGCUGGUAGUGAGGCAGUGGGCGACGGGGCGGGUGGUGGAGGGGAAGCCGGAGUACGCGGUGGAGGUGAGGAACCGGUGCCGGUGCGCGCAGUCCAUGGUGCUGCUCCGCUGCUACGGCCUCAGCAGCGUCGAGGCCGUCGACCCGCUGGCCAUCCGCCCGCUCGACGCCGAGCGCUGCGUGCUCCGCGGCGGCCGAAGGAUCCCCGCCGGCGCGCCCGUGCGGUUCAAGUACGCCUGGAUGACGCCCUUCGACUUCCCGCUCCUCAGCUCACAGGCCCACUGCUAGCGCUUAAUCAAGAGGAUCAAGAGGUGGCAGCAGAUGCUACGAAUCGGACGAAAGGUGAGCCUGCCGCCUGACUGAGAGGUGCAGAGUUGCAAUAUCGGGCGAGUUUGUGAUGAGUUGUGAGAAAACUUUGUCGAGGAAUGGAUGCAGAAGCUAGCACUUGUUACUAGAUGGGCCAGCGCGCUCCGCUCCGCUGCGCCGUUGUUUGUGGGAUCAAAUCAAAUAUAGACAAUUUAAAUUUAUAUAUCUGUACAAAAGAAAAUCGUCAAGCAACUUUGUUUUCCUUUAAUAGCAUACCCAUUUCGUUGCAGAGGACUUACAUGAAGCACCGCGGGAGGAGCAGAAUGAAGCAUGGAACCACUAUUACAUACUCUGUGUUUUCCUACCGAACUGGGCUAUAAAACAUGGGCUGCAACAUUCCCUUUCGAUCGAUCUUCAAGAUAUCCGAAAGAUAGCAUUGCGACAUUGCGACAUGAGCUUCUUGGAUUCAGCAAUAACAAUGAACCAGGUUUGUCUAAUUGGAGAUCUUGGAUAGCAAUAAUCAAUUUCAAACUUGAAGGGUUGAUUCACAUGCGGCGUGGCUAAACGCAAGCCUUCUUUGCAGGCAAUGGCUUCAUCUUCAGCGUCAUCGGCACAAAAGAUGGACAAUACCAAACUUCAAUUUGGGUCUGUACAUUGCGUAAUGAGUUAAGUAUGAACUGAUGACAAAAUUUAGCAUAUAGAAAACAAAUGACAACUAAAGAUAUAAUGAAUCGACA